CCAGCACUCAAAGAUGGUUCAAGGGUAACUACAUUUGCUCCGCAAUUUGCUCGGUUCCCUCGGGCUCCAUUUUCCAAAGCCGGGUUCUGCAUCAGUCAAGCAUCUUCCGAGGUUGAACCUUUCCAGGCUGCUACAAUCACCUUCUGCAGAUAGGGGGAGAAACUCUUUAAACCCCCCCUUUUUUUUUUUAAAGAUGCUGAUCUGUUUUUUUUAAUCCGCCACCCCAUUCUGGAGAAAAAAGCAGCCAUCGCCAGCCAUGGAGGUCAGCAUGGACUCAGCUGACAACAUGGCUGCGGCCGCCUCUGCUGCCCAAGACGAGCUGAAUCAGCUUGAACGCGUCUUCUUACGACUUGGCCAUGCUGAAACAGAUGAGCAAUUGCAGAAUAUCAUAUCCAAAUUUCUACCCCCUGUACUUCUGAAACUUUCCAGCACUCAAGAAGGAGUACGCAAGAAGGUGAUGGAAUUCAAGGGUCUUCAUCUAAACAAACGCAUCAAAAGUCGUCCCAAAAUCCAGCUACCUGUGGAGACGUUGCUGGUUCAGUAUCAAGAUCCUUCUGCAGUGUCCUUUGUUACAAAUUUUACGAUAAUAUAUGUUAAGAUGGGUUAUCCUCGUUUACCUGUGGAAAAACAAUGUGAAUUGGCUCCUACUCUUCUUACUGCAAUGGAAGGAAACCCGCCCCAACAAGACAGCCUCAUGCACCUUCUAAUACCAACCCUUUUCCACAUGAAAUAUCCCGUUGAACCUCUGAAAGCAGCUUCUCCGUUCAAUCUUGCUGAAAAACCAAAGACUGUACAGCUGCUAUUGGAUUUUAUGUUGGAUGUCCUCCUGAUGCCUUAUGGAUACGUGUUGAAUGAAUCCCAGAGUCGCCAAAAUGUGCCGUCGGGACAAAGCUGUUCUUCUUCGAGUAGCUCAGGAGGUUCGGGGAUCCCUCAGCCUCCUCCAGGGAUGAGCUUUUAUGCAGCCAAGCGGGUGAUUGGAGACAGCCCAUGGACACCUGAACAGCUGGAACAGUGUAAGUUGGGUAUUGUGAAGUUCAUUGAAGCGGAGCAGGUGCCUGAACUUGAAGCCAUCAUUCACCUGGUCAUUGCAUCCAGUGACACGCGGCACAGUGUAGCAACUGCGGCGGAUCUUGAACUCAAAAGCAAGCAAAGUUUAAUUGACUGGAAUAAUCCAACCAUCAUCAACAAGCUGUACAAAGUGUACCUCGGAGACAUACCACUAAAAACUAAGGAGGGAGCUGUUUUGAAGCCGGAACUAAAACGUGAUCCAGUCAGCACUCGGGUUAAGUUAAAGAUUGUCCCUCAUCUUCUGCGUUCCAGGCAAGCUGCAGAAACAUUUCCUGCAAAUAUUCAGGUUGUUUAUGAUGGACUUUUUGGGGCAAAUACCAAUGCAAAGCUGAGAACUCUGUGUCUUCAGUUUGUACAUCAUAUCUGUAUAAUUUGCCCAGACAGUAAAAUAAAGCCACUAGGCCCAAUGCUUUUGAAUGGACUGACAAAACUGAUCAAUGAGUAUAAAGAGGACCCCAAACUGCUAUCAAUGGCCUAUUCAGCUGUUGGAAAACUCUCUAGCCGAAUACCUCAGCUAUUCACGAAAGACCUUGCUCUCGUCCAGCAGUUUUUUGAAGCGCUCUCUAAGGAAGAGCCUGAUACCAGACUGGCCAUUCAAGAAGCUCUGUCCAUGAUGGUGGGGGCGUACACCAGUUUGGAAGGAGCGCCACGUACUCUGAUGGAGGCACUUGUGGCCUCAAACCUAAUUAAGCCUCAAAUCCAAGUGCGUCAGGUGGCUGUAAAAUUUGCCAGCACAGUGUUCCCUCCCGAUCACAUCCCUUCAAGAUACUUGCUGCUUUUAGCGGCGGGAGAUCCACGUGAAGAGGUGCACGGAGAGGCCCAGCGUGCGCUGAGGAUGUUUCCUGGAAAAAAUGAAAAGGAAAGUGCCGGUAAACAGAUGCCUUCCUUCCCAGAAAUGGUCCAGUAUAUUCAAGAGAAGGCCUCUCACAGAAUGAAAACUCCGGCUAAAUAUAUGACAGGGACUACGGUCAUGCCUUUCAACCCAGCUACUUUUGGAGAGAUAGUCCUGUACCUCCGAAUGUGUCUCGCUCACAGUGCAGGCAUCGUGCCCACCUCCCAGAGCUUAGCCGACAUGCAGGAUCACGCUCCAGCCAUCGGCCGCUAUAUAAGAAACCUCCUGUCCGGACAUUUUAUAAUAUCCUCUUCCUCAUCCUCGAAAGGUGGCGAAAGCAACCCCGUGCAGAUCUACAUAAGUCUCCUUCAGCAGCUGCUGUCUAGUGUUGGAGGCUUGCCCGUAAUGUACUGUCUCCUGGAGGUUGUCUCAGUCUAUCCUGAGAAACUAGCAGCAAGAUUUGUAGACAAAAUGGAUUGGAUAAAGAGUCUUAUGAAUACGAAUAAAGAAGAAAUGCGGGAGCUAGCUGCUCUGCUUUAUUCAGUGGUUUUGACAACAGUAUCGGAGAACGAAUUUAAGACAUCGGUUCAACAGCUGAUCAAAACAGCUAAGGACAAUCAUAAUCUGGAAAUGCAACACGGAUCCUUGUUGGCUCUAGGAUUCACAGUAGGACAGUAUUUGUCAAAGAAGAAAGCCAGGAUGGCAGAACUUCAUGACCUUGAGCAGCCAGACUCUAUUGUUGUUCCAGAGCAAGAUCAGCUGAUCAAAUCAACCACUGGGACUAUAGGUUCUUUUCUAGAUAGCACCUCGCCACUUCUAGCAAUAGCUGCUUGCACAGCACUGGGGGAAAUCGGCAGGAAUGCUCCUCUACCCAUCCCUAAUGAAGGCACUGGAUUCACAAAACUCCACCUGGUGGAAAGCUUGCUAGCCAGGAUUCCUUCUGGUAAAGAAACAAAUAAGAUGAAAGAACGAGCUAUACAGACACUGGGUUACUUUCCAGUGGGAGACGGAGACUUUCCUCACCAGAAGAUACUCUUGCAAGGACUAAUGGAUUCUGUGGAGGCCAAGCAAAUUGAGCUCCAGUUCACUGUUGGCGAAGCUAUAACCAAUGCUGCCAUCGGAACCAGCUCCGUUGCUGCCCGCGACGCAUGGAUGGUGGCUGAAGAAGAGUAUACCCCUCCGGCUGAUGUGAAGGUUAAUGACGUGGUCCCCUGGGUCUUGGAUGUCAUUUUGAACAAGCAUAUUGUCAGCCCCAACCCUCACGUAAGACAGGCUGCCUGCAUCUGGCUUUUGUCACUGGCGAAGAAGCUGAGCAACCAUAAAGAAGUGAAGUCUCAUCUCAAGGAAAUUCAAAGUGCAUUUGUGUCUGUCCUUUCUGAUAGUGACGAACUCAGCCAAGACGUGGCUUCCAAAGGGCUUGGUUUGGUGUAUGAGCUUGGGAGCGAACAAGACCAACAGGAGCUGGUUACUACCCUUGUUGAUACUCUGAUGACGGGGAAAAGAAUCAGGCAUGACGUGAGUGGAGAAACCGUGGUGUUCCAGGGAUCUGGCCUCGGCAAAACUCCAGAUGGCCAGGGUCUCUCUACAUACCAGGAGCUCUGUUCACUCGCUAGUGACCUCAACCAGCCAGACUUGGUGUACAAAUUCAUGAAUCUGGCUAAUCACCAUGCGAUGUGGAACUCCCGGAAGGGGGCUGCUUUUGGUUUUAACGUGAUUGCUACCAAAGCUGGGGAACAGCUGGCUCCUUUUCUCUCCCAACUACUUCCUCGUCUUUAUCGCUACCAGUUCGACCCCAAUAUUGGGAUUCGGCAAGCUAUGACCAGCAUCUGGAAUGCGCUGGUGACCGAUAAAUCUGCAGUAGAUAAAUAUAUGAAAGAAAUCCUUGACGAUUUAAUAAGCAACCUGACCAGCAACAUGUGGCGGAUUCGAGAAUCCAGCUGUCUAGCACUGAAUGACUUGCUCAGAGGAAGACCCUUGGACGACAUUAUUGAUAAAAUUCCAGAAAUUUGGGAGACUCUGUUCAGAGUGCAAGAUGACAUUAAGGAAUCUGUUCGAAAAGCAGCCGAAUUGGCCCUGAAAACUUUAAGUAAGGUAUGUGUGAAGAUGUGCGAUCCUUCUAAAGGAGCUGCAGGCCAGAGGACGAUAGCUGUGCUUUUGCCGUGCCUUCUUGAUAAAGGGAUGAUGAGCACAGUAACUGAAGUAAGAACCCUGAGCAUUAAUACCCUGGUGAAGAUCAGUAAAAGUGCCGGAGCCAUGCUUAAGCCACAUGCUCCCAAACUCAUUCCAGCGUUGUUGGAGUCGCUGAGUGUGCUGGAGCCCCAGGUGUUCAACUACUUGAGUCUUCGUGCUACAGAGCAAGAGAAGGCUGCGAUGGAUUACGCAAGACUCAGUGCUGCCAAAUCCUCUCCUAUGAUGGAAACUAUCAAUAUGUGCUUGCAGUAUUUGGAUGUAUCAGUCCUGGGGGAGCUGGUUCCUAGGCUGUGUGAGCUGACCAGGAGCGGAGUUGGAAUUGCAACUAAGGGCGGCUGUGCCAGUGUGAUCGUCUCAUUGACCACGCAGUGUCCUCAAGACCUGACACCGUAUUCAGGCAAACUCAUGAGCGCUUUGCUCAGCGGGCUGACGGAUCGCAACAAUGUGGUGCAAAAAUCUUUUGCGUUUGCCAUGGGGCAUCUAGUUCGAACUUCACGCGAUACCAGCACAGACAAACUACUACAGAAGCUGAACAUCUGGUACAUGGAGAAGGAGGAGCAAGUCUACAAAACAGCCUGUGCGUUAACCGUGCAUGCCAUCGGGCGCUACAGCCCAGAUGUGCUGAAGAAUCAAGCCAAACUGGUCUUGCCUCUGGCUUUCCUGGGCAUGCAUGAGGUGUCUGAUGAAGAAAAGGGUGAGAAAGAUGACGGUAAUCUGUGGACUGAAGUGUGGCAAGAAAACGUGCCUGGCACCUAUGGCGGCAUAAGACUGUAUAUGCAGGAACUGAUAACCAUCACCCAGAAAGCUUUGCAGUCCCAGUCCUGGAAGAUGAAAGCUCAAGGUGCAUCUGCUAUGGCGUCUAUAGCAAAGCAGUCUGGCUCCUUGGUACCUCCACACCUGGGCAUGGUGCUCAGUGCUCUGUUGCUGGGCUUGUCUGGAAGAACCUGGACAGGAAAGGAGGAGUUACUGAAAGCUAUUGCCAGCGUCGUCUGUGCGUGCAGUGCUGAGCUUCACAAAACUGUUCCCGACCAGCCCAGCAUCAAUGACGUUCUUCAGGCUAUGCUCAAGGAGUGCCGCAAAGAUAACCUCGGGUACAAGAUUGUGGCUCUCCGGUGCACGGCCGACGUGCUGAAAACCACGCAGGAAAAUCGGUUCCAGGAACUGGCAGACAUCAUCUUUCCGAUAAUAAAGAAAAAUUCUCCGGAGACGAUGGCAGCCAAUCCGUCCCAGAAUGAUGAUGAGGAUGAGGAUGAAAACGAGAAGGAACUCCAGUUGGACUCUCUCCUCUGUGCCUUUGAAUGCUUAGGCAAAGCCUGGCCUAAAAAUCCAGAAACACAACGCUGCUACCGGCAAGAGCUGUGCAAACUCAUGUGUGAGCGGCUGAAACUGAGCACCUGGAAAGUGCAGCUGGGCGUGCUCCAAGCAAUGAAGGCUUAUUUUCAAGGGCUAAUGCUGCUUGAAGCAGAACACGCAGACCCUGAAGCUUUGACAGGAAUACUGGCAGAAACUUGUUUAUCGAUCACUCACUCUCUAGAGAAUAAAAGCUACACCUCCAUAAGAACAGAAGCCUUGUCAGUGAUAGAAGUGCUGCUCACAAAACUUGAAGAGUCCAAACAGUGGGAAAGCUUGAAUGCGGAUAGCAGAAAUCUUCUCAUUGGCUCCCUAACUGCCCUGACGCUGGACAGCAGACCUGAACUUCAAGAGAAAGCAUCUUUGUUAAAGAAAACCCUUGAAAAACUUGAUUGAUUUUUAAAACAAAAACAAAAAACAAAAAUACAACCAAGUGCCAUGUGAAACAAAGCAAGCAAAAACCGGAAGCACACCGUGUGCUCUGAACGCAAGGGAAAAAAAAGUGAAGAUGACUUUGUAGCAUGCAUCAUUCCUUGGCUAAAAUAAAGAACGCCAUGUAUUUCGUUCCCCGAUCAUUUUUGUUUUUGUUUUUUCCUCUUUCAAAACUGUUUCAAGCAGUUUAGGUAGUUUCAGCAAGCCUUGAAAAGUAUUACAAAGAAAGCAAACUGCGUGACGGAUAUUUGGGACAUUGUUUUGAUCUGUGUGGGUAAAGAGAGGAGGAAGUACCAUGUUCAUAAAUUAGACCAGGCAGAAUCUUCUAGCAUAUGUAAGAAGCCCGGUAAUCUCCGCAGACAAAGGUGAUCCUGGAAACACUGGGGAGCAAAGUCCUUACUCCAGCCUUGCUUGUAUGUUCUGCGUGGCACCGUUAUUUUUUGAUGUUGUGCUAGUACCAUCCUACUAGGAGAACAAACACAAGUAAUGGUAUGACCAGAGUUCAUUCUCCUUGCUGGCUGGGUGUGGUCUCCGCUGCAGGAAUUCCUGAGUGCUGCUGUUUCUAUAUUUUUAAAAGGGUGAGUCUGCCCACCAGGUAAGAAUGCACACUUUAAAAGCACUUUAACUAGCUGCCUCGAACCAAGAGUGUCACGGGAACUGGCUGAUAAAGAAAGCUGAAUAUCUGCUCUUCACCCCCUCCCACCCCCAAAUCAUUUUGCAUGACACUCAGAAGAAUCAAAAGCCUUCUCUAAAAUAUAACAACAACAACCACGGCCUUUUCUCAAAAAUACAUAUUUUGGAAAGUGUUUACAAUUUUUCUCCCAAGAUUUCCAACUAGAUUUCACUCCUUUUAUGUUUGUAAACCCUUUCUUGCUUUGGAAAGCUGUCGUGUUAACCCUAUAUUCUUAUCGGACACAGGCAUCUUCUCGUUUCUCGGAAAUACUGAAGAGUUGACUUUAAGCCUCCACUGACCUGCAGUGAAAAUGUGAUUGUACUAAGCGCCCAUGUUAUGCCGUUCCCGUCUCUGAGAAGCGUAAGAGUGAUACUUGCUCCAGUUUUAAUAAAGGUUUUGUAGAUGGUGAAGUUACGUUCAAUCCGUACAACUUCACAACUGUCGAUUUCUGCAGUUUUGUUCUCCGAAGGAACUUUGAUGUGGAAAUCAGUGUGUUUUAACCACUCCUUAGAUGGGUUUGUGUGUGUGUGUCUGUGUGAGGUCCUUAUUUGUCAAUUGCCGCCUGUAGAAUCAGACCUAGGUGAAAGUAAUAUGUUAACUCCUACGUGGAGGUUUCUUCUGUAUAGUAAUUUUCCAAACGGUCUUCAGAUCAGGCAAUAUCCUUUUGACCCAUUUCCAUCAUUUGUAGGUUGCUUCCAGCGGCCUACAGGAACACAGCCCAGCUGGGAUUGCCAAGGCAGACCCUUUGUAAAAAUAGUUGCCUCCAGCCAGAGGCUGUAUAAGAUGAGUGCUGGAAUAAAAAAAACCUUUUCUGAAUUGCUUCAUACAAAUCCUGCCAGCACAGUGCACAAUUCCCCAGGUGGAGAAAUUUCAUAUAAUUGGAGUUUAGGAUCUCACUGGAGAUGAUUGUAAUUUUGUGUAAGGGGGGGCGGGGAUCCUUAUUAGAAUUGGCUUAUUCAGUAUUGCCUCUUCUUAAAAGGGAGCUUAACAGUAUUUUAGCAGUAAGGAAGAUUUGCGGGCUACUUCACGUAUCCAUUCACAGUGGGGUUUCAUGCUGCUUCAAAUGGAGGAUGUUGAGGGGAAGAUGCACAGUCCCAAUAUUGAAUUUACAAAACCGGUACUACGAAAUGGCUUUCUCGUUUAAGAAACCGUGUUUGCACUUAACGUGUGUGUGGUCAGAUAACUGAAAAGCCUGCCUAAAUGGCGCCCGUCACGCUGGAAUUCUGGCAGGCUGUGAGCUUCUCAAAAGGGUUUUAAAUGUAUUGCAGAAAGCGGCUUCCUGUUUACAUUUAGUUGGAAUUUGCCAAGCACCUCCGCAAAACUGAAUGUUUGUAGGCAGAUCUCUGGAUAAGUUUUACCAAAUAUACCAUUUUGUCCUGCUUUUUUUUUAAAAAAAAAAAUUAGGCCACAAUUUCAAAUGGAUGCUUUUUAAUUUUUUUUGCAAGUUAUUGAGUGUUUGAUAGAACCUGCAACAGCUGUGUAUUAGACAUACGAAACCUCUGCUAUGACUUUCCAAGCAGAGGCUUCAGAAUGUUGGGAUGGGAUUCAAAGCUUGUGUUUGGAGCGGCUGCUAUAAAAGUUUCCAAAUGGGAUUUAAAAAUAAAUAAAUAAACUGCACUGAAAUGUAUGUUAGUUUUAGAACAACAGUAACAGCUGUCUGGUAACAAACCAGCUUGACAGAUUAUCUUCUCUAGAUGACUUUUUUCCUUCUAAAAAUUUAAAUUUCUAAAACAUGUGCCUCGAUGGGAGAAUCCUACCUGCAAAAUGUUGACUUAGGUCAAAUAUCUUGUCCCUCUUAAAUUUGUUGAUAGAACAAAGUGGCCUUUGGAGAGUUACGUUUUCCUCUGAGAACAAUUGCACUACAAAAAACACUGUUGCCCGAGACGGGCCCUUUGUGCUGCUGUUUAAUGCUGCUUUGUAUACCUGGAUUGAAGUGUGUACAUUUGACACUAUAGCACCCGGCCGAAUUUACAAAUUGUUUUAUGUUGAAAGAUUUCUAAUGUUGCAACCACAACAAAAGGUCUCCAUUAAAUUCACUACAUUGAAUUUCUGUAUCUGGCUGUCAAGUAUGUACAAUGGAUUGAAACUUUCCUAUUUAAAGGGUUAACGAAAUAAAGGCGCAUGACCUCUU